AUGAUGCAAGAGAAGUCCAAAGUUGCAAAACACACGCUCCUAGAGCGUCCAUGGUUCCUUGUGAUGGCUCUAGCCGGUCUUCUAGGCGGCGCAAUGCUCAUCACGAGCUUCAUCCGAGCUGCGGACAACACUUUAUCACUAUGUUCCACGGCUAAGACCACGGCCGUGUCCAUAGCCGAAUACUCAUCCACACCGCUCCAACUCCAAUCCAUUGUCCACUAUGCAACUUCACGCACCGUCCCACAACAAUCCUUCGAGGAGAUCUCAAUCUCCUUAGAGGUCCUUAAAGACCGUAUCCCUUGUAAUUUUCUUGUCUUUGGCCUCGGCCGCGACUCACUCAUGUGGGCCUCCCUCAAUCCAGGUGGCACCACUGUAUUCAUGGAGGAAGACCCCGAGUGGAUCGCGGCCGUCCUUAAAGACGCACCGUCUCUAAGGGCCCACCAUGUCAAAUACCGGACCCAACUUUCUCAGGCAAACCGCCUUAUCAAGACUUACCGGUCCGAACCGAAAUGUUUACCGGUCAACGCUUUCCCCAUCCGCUACAACGAAAAGUGUCCACUAGCGUUGACUUCACUUCCCGAUGAGUUUUAUGAUACCGAGUGGGAUCUGAUCAUGGUGGACGCACCAAAAGGGUACUUCCCGACCGCGCCAGGGAGGAUGGCGGCGAUAUUUUCAGCAGCCGUCAUGGCACGUAACCGGAAAGGUGAUGGCACGACGCACGUUUUCCUUCAUGACGUUGACCGGCCAGUGGAGAAGGCUUACGCCAACGAGUUUCUUUGCGAGAAGUACAGAGUCAAAUCAGCUGGUAGGCUCUGGCACUUUGAGAUACCCAAUGCCGCUAACAUGAGCGACCAGCCAGGGGACCGGUUUUGCUAG